UCCCAAGGUCGUGUAGUUCUUCAAGUAGUGUGGAUGUUGCUGCUGUUUGGAGAAGAGCGCCACCUCUGGCCAGCUGCGUCACCCUGUCAUAUCACGCGUAAAGGAUUAACUCGAGCUCGCCUGAGUGAAAUAAGUCUAUGAUAAAGUAAGCAGCCAUGAAGCUGUUGAACGUCUUAAUGAAAGAUGUCACGCACAAAAUAGAGUAUUAUUCCCGAUUCUCGCCUUCUCCGAUGUCCAUCAAGCAGUUUUUGGAUUUCGGUAGAGAGAAUGCUUGUGAAAAGACCUCCUAUAUGUUCCUGAGGAAAGAGCUGCCUGUUCGUUUGGCUAAUACCAUGAGAGAAGUCACUCUUUUGCCUGGCAAGCUGUUAAAUCAGCCAUCUGUCCAGCUGGUCCAGAGCUGGUACAGUCAGAGCUUUGAGGAGCUGUUGGAUUAUGAGAACCGGAACCCAGAGGAUCCUCGCACCCUUAAAGAUUUCUUAGACGUCCUUAUCCAGAUCCGGAAGAGACACAAUGAUGUGGUUCCCACUAUGGCCCAGGGAGUGAUCGAGUACAAGGAGAAGUUUGGUUUCGACCCUUACUUCAGCAGCAAUGUGCAGUAUUUCCUGGAUCGUUUCUACACCAGUCGCAUCUCCUUCCGCAUGCUCAUCAACCAGCAUACUCUCCUCUUUAGUGAUGACAUCAACCACGGCUAUCCCAAGCACAUCGGAGGCAUUGACCCAGCCUGCAACGUGGUAGAGGUAGUGAAUGAUGCAUAUGUGACUGCAAAGAUGCUUUGUGAACAGUAUUACAUGAUGGCACCCGAUCUGCACAUCCAGGAAUUCAACUGCAAGAACCCUGAUAAGCCCAUCCAGGUGGUCUACGUGCCAUCCCAUUUGUUCCACAUGCUCUUCGAGCUUUUCAAGAAUUCCAUGCGAGCUACAGUGGAGCUUCAUGAGAACAACACAGAAGGACUUCCCCCUGUGAAAGCUCAAGUGACUCUAGGAAAAGAAGAUCUCUCCAUAAAAAUUAGUGAUUGUGGAGGGGGAGUACCCAUGAGGAAGAUUGACCGCCUUUUCAACUAUAUGUACUCCACAGCUCCGAAACCAAUGCUGAAUCCUUCACAAAAUGCUGCGCCACUGGCUGGUUUUGGCUACGGUUUGCCGAUCUCCAGACUGUAUGCACGCUACUUCCAGGGAGACCUAUGCCUCUACUCUGUAGAGGGAUUAGGAACUCAUGCAGUCAUCUAUCUGAAGGCUCUGUCCAGCGAGUCUUUCGAGCGACUCCCCGUCUUCAACAAGUCAGCGUGGAGACAUUACCAGUUAGGUCCAGAGGCGGAUGACUGGAGCAACCCCAGCAGCGACCCUCGGGAUGCAUCCACAUUCAAAACAAGAUAAUAGACUAACACGUCCCGUGUAUCAGUGACUGCCACCUGGAGAGUCAAAAUUAACAGUAGACUACCAAAACAUGCACCCUUUUUCAAUCAUCAUUCAUUCAGUAACUGCUUUAUCCCAGGUAUCUUUAUCAGGGUGGUAGGGGAUCCAGAGCUUAUCCCUGGAACACUGGGUGGGAAGGUGAGAAUACAGCUUGGAUGGGAUGCCAGUUUAUCGCCAGAGACCAUGUACACACUCACACAUUAUGGACAGUCCACCUAAAGGCAUGUUUUUGGGAGGUCGGAGGGAACUGGUGAAUCCAGAGGAAAGUGACAUGGACACAGGAAGAACAUGCGAUACUCCGUACAAACACUAACCUGAGCUCAGUCUCGAACCCUGGAGCUGUAAAACAGCAACACUACCUGCUGCACCACCAUACUACCUGCUAAUCACUUGUUGAUGUACUUAAUACACUGCUGAUUCAUUCAUUUUUUAAUCGAUGUUUACAGCUCAUGGAUCUCCUUAUCAAGAAAUACUGCACUUAAUGAGUCAUAAAAUGCCAAAUCAAAUUCCUUCUGUAGCUAAAGAACUUGCAGAAACCAUUGCUUGUUAUGUUAGGAGGCAUUUUUCAGCACAAGAGCUAACAGAACUUGAAGAAAUUGUGGAUUUGUUUUGUCUUCACAGUGUGUUUUUUUAUCCUAUCUAAGAAAGAAAUGGGUGUAGAUUUUCAUCAACUUUGUAUCAGGUCACUUUUGUAUAUUUUAAUAUUUUAAACAAUUGAUAAUGGAUGGUAAUACCACCAAAUAUAAACACUCCUGGUUGUAGACAGGAUUGUAAUAUGAGUUUGUAAUAGGUUAUAUGUGUGGUGACUGGAAUUCUGGGAAAGUAUUUCUGCAGAGAUCACAUCGGGUAGAUAAAGAGCUAGUUUAACAAACUUGGCUGAAAAAAAUUUACUAUAGGCUAUAAAUAAAGACUAUAUACACAAAGAUGGUGAUAUUCUUAAAAUAUUUUAUUUAUUACAUAUUAAAUUAAAUGCAAACAAAAUCAA